AUGGAGAGCAGAAAUCGUGCCUUAUUUGGGACUAGAGAAUUCAGCCAGAUGAGGAAAAUAACAAGGACAAUAGCCUAUUUUGUUAUCAAUGAUUCUGAAAUCCCAGAUUGGGUUUCGAUGGAAAUUCUUUUGCUGCUUUCCCUCGAAAACUAUAUUCAAGUUCAGAGCUUUGGGGAUUUGGGGCACUUGGAUUUCGUAUAUUGGACAACUGAGCUCAAUCUGGAAAUCUUUUCCUCAGAUAUUGGGCAAUGGAGAUACCUGAAGGUGUCUGGUCCUCAGGUUAUAGGCGCAAAGCUAUCCGGGCAAUAUGCAAAAUCCGGUUUAUUGCAAGCUACCACCACGACUCCAAGAGCGGUAAUAGCAACUGGAAAGUGA